AUGAAUUUCUUUAAACUAAUACUUUGCAUUGCAUCUUACUUGGCAUUAGCAUUUGCAUUGGCAGAUCAAGAUGAUGGUAAUGCUGCCAAAACAACAGCAACCACUACUUCAGCAACUUAUGUCUGGAUUACAACUACUGUUGGUGGACAGCUUGCAACCAUUUCUGUUCCUUAUUCUCAAAGUUUUAUGAGUACUUAUUCCACUGCUAAUUCCGAUGCUGUUGAAAGUGGUAGUGUUGGAUUAGGUUCUAUUAGUGGAUCUCUUGGUGGUAUUAGAAGCUACAGUCAAACAACAAUCACCAACUCAAAUGAUGCUCCAUCUCAUUUCAAUUUCGAUGGUUUAUACAGUGGUGUCAUUGGUGGUGUUGUGCUUUUAUUGGGUUUACUUUAA